AUGAUUGACAUCUAAAUUAUUAAAGAAGGAAUAGGAGACACACCUAGAUUAAAUGAAGAAGUCUUCUGUAAUUAUACAAUUUUUAUUUUAGUUUUUUUUAUUGCUCAUAAUAAUAAUGGAGAAUUACUUACCGGUUCAUAACAUACAGCUACUAAAACAAUUAUUGGAAGAGGAUGGAUUAAAUCAGAAAUUGAAGAUGCUCUUAUUAAAAUGAAAUAAGGAGAACGCAGUAUCAUCAAAAUAUAUCAUUCACCUGCUACCAAAGUAAUUAUGUACAAUAUAAAAGGAAUUUUAUGAUCAAUAUGAAAUUGAGAUUAUUAGGAUUGGAAGAAAGAAAGAUAACCCAUGGCAUUUAGAAGGACAAGAAGUUUUUGAAAAAGCUUUAGAAUUAAAAGGCUUAGGCAAUUCUGAUAUUAAACAAUAAAAAUAUCUAGAAGCUUAAAAUAAAUAUUUGGAAUCACUAAAUUUAAUUAAAACAGAAUACUGUGAUAAGGAAUUAGAACUAUAAGGAUAAUUAAGAUCUAAUCUAUCUCUUACACAUCUAAAAAACAAAUAAUUUGAACUAUGUAUCAAAUAAGCAUCAACAGUCUUAAAAGAAUAACCUUAAAAUGUUAAAUUAUUACAUAGAAGAGCUGUAGCUUCAAUUUAAAUAGAUGAUUUCGAUAGUGCUAAGUAAAUUUUAUUGUAAUAGUAGAUCUGAUUUGAAAUUAGCUAAUUAAUUGGAUCCAUAAAAUGAAGAAGUUAUAAAGGAGUUGCAGAGUAUUGGAGAAAAAGAAAAAUAGAUAAGAAAGAAAUAAUAAGAUAGAGCAAAGAAAAUGCUUUUUGGAGAAUGAAC